GAUUUUAUUUUGAACCUAUCUAUGAUAGUGUUCAUAUUAUAGUUCAUGAACGUAGAAAUUGCAUAGAUACCUAAUAAUUUUUCAUCGGCAAUGAUUUAAAGUGUCUGCUUUCUUGCUUAGUGUUUGAAAACCAUUACAUAUUUCUAAAGCAAAAAAAUGGCCAACAGUAAUUAUAACUUAUGUUUUUUGGCACUUAUACUUUUUACAACUAACAUCCGUUCUGAAAAUGAUUUACACAACCAUACACAUCUCGAAAAACUUCCUUUAUUACGAAAAUGUCAUCGGAGUGAUCCAGAUUUAAACAAUUGUAUAAAAGAAGCUAUCGAAGAUCUAAGACCAUACCUAGCAAAAGGUAUUCCAGAAUUAUUUAUUCCCUCCUGUGAACCACUAUAUAUACCGGAAAUUGUGAUGAAUCAAGGUAACAUUAAUAGUGUCGGUGUACAAUCAACCUAUCGAAAUAUUCGGGUAUAUGGGCCAAGUGAAUUUGUUUUGAAAACUCUCAAAGUGGAUUUGGAAAAAAUGAGAAUUCGAAUAAAAUUACAGUUACCUUACUUACGCAUGACGGCUAAUUAUUCGAUCAUUGGUAACAUUCUUAUGUUACCCAUUAAUGCAUCUGGUAUAAGCGAGGGAAAUUAUACAAAUAUCGAGGCAAAUAUCUUUGUCCAAUGUAAUACAUUUAAAUUUCAUAACAAAAAACACUUUAAUGUUCGAGAAGUAGCAAUUGAUUUUAAUAUCGGGCAUGCAAGUGUUUACUUUAGUGAUUUGUUUCCAGGCGACAGCGAACUUGCCCUUGAAAUGAACAACUUUUUAAAUGAUAAUUGGAUACCAGUGAGCUUAGAGUUCAAACCUAUCUUAGAAGAAACAAUUGGUAACAUGUUCAAAAAAUUCGCCAAUAAAUUAUACCACAAAUAUCCUGUGGAUGACAUACUACCAAUUUAAAUUAUACACGGAAAAAAAUUUUUCAUGAAUUAUGUGUAAAUAUUUAGAGUUUAUUUUAUACCUGUUUACUUUUUUUUAUAUAGACCUAUUUAUACUUAAAUAUUAGUUAUUAUUAGUAACAUUAUUACUAGUGUCUUACAAAGCUUCCAAUUUCAAUUAUAUAUGUAAUAAAGAAAAUUAAAAAAAAAAAAAAAAACAUUAAAC